UGCAUGAAAGCAUGGCAGGAAGUGGUCAGGUAAUGUAUAAAUUUUUUUUUUUUUUUUACUAUUUGGAGGCUCUUUGUAUGACAUCUCAUCUUUGAUUCACCUCUUAGAAUCAACAGAGUAAACAACCACUGUUGUCAUUCAGAUUGUGAAGAGUAUGAGUGAGCACUUUGUUUCCAGUUUCCAAAAUCACUAAUGCCAUAAUUCUGUGGAUAUGGACCUUGAAAUUAAACCACUGUGAAAUUAUGGAAGAAAAUGGAAAGCAUUUCCAAAGACCACAGGUAGGUAAAACUAGAGAAUUGCCAGAAAGACUUGGUGGUUCAUCAGCCUAGAAAACCCUAUGGGGCAGUUCUACUUUGUAAGUAGAAUUCAACUUGGCAGCACCUAAUGACAACAACCUGAGAAACUCUAGUUUUCUUCACUGAUCUCACUUUUCCCUUUAGAUCUACCAAAAGUCAACAAUGAAAAACCAGACCACAUUUACUGAAUUUAUCCUGCUGGGCCUUACAUUUCAACCUGAACUCCAAGUGGUGAUAUUCAUCUUUCUGCUACUUGCCUACAUGCUGAGUGUCCUAGGAAAUUUGGCCAUCAUCAUACUCACUGUCAUUGAUCCCCACCUCAAGACCCCAAUGUAUUUCUUUCUGCGGAAUUUCUCCUACUUAGAAGUUUCCUUCACAACCAUUUUCAUUCCCAGAUUGUUGACCAGCUUGACAACAGGAAAUAGGGUCAUCAGCUUUACUGGAUGCUUGACUCAGUAUUUUUUUGCUAUAUUCCUUGGAGCAACAGAGUUUUACCUCCUGGCCUCUAUUUCUUAUGACCACUAUGUGGCAGUCUGUAAACCCCUGCAUUACUUGACCAUCAUGAACAGCCAGGUCUGCAUACGACUCGUGUUUUGCUCCUGGAUGGCAGGAGUUCUGACUGUCUUAUCCCCAAUUAUCCUGAUAAGCCAGUUGGAUUUCUGUGCCUCCAAUGUGCUGAAUCAAUAUUACUGUGACUAUAGACCCCUCGUGGAGAUCGCCUGCUCAGACACAAGCCUCUUACAACUGAUAGUCAUCUUCUUAGCUGUUUUGACUCUGGUGGUGACUCUGGUGGUGACUCUGGUGCUGGUGAUACUUUCUUAUACACACAUUAUCAGGACCAUUCUGAGGAUCCCUUCUGCCCAGCAAAGGACAAAGGCCUUCUCCACUUGUUCCUCCCACAUGAUUGUCAUCUCUCUUUCUUAUGGCAGCUGCAUCUUUUUGUACAUUGACCCAUCAGCAAAGAAAGGAGGUAACUUUGACAAGGAAGUGUCUCUAUUGAUGACCUCAGUUAGUCCCUUGUUGAACCCCUUUAUUUACACCUUAAGGAAUCAGCAGGUAAAGCAAGCUUUCAAGAACACAGUAAAAAAGAUUGUGAAGUUUUAA